AUGCCUUAUGCAACAGGAUCUUUGACAUUUGGUUAUUUUGGAAACUCUGCAGCGAAACCAAAUACAAACAAUUUAUAUCUAAAUAGAUUCUUAAGUUUCCAAAUUACCCGUAUGUCAAUUUGGAGAAACUCUUAA